CGCGGGGGCGGCGCUGAGGGAGCGGGCCGGGGGCGGGGAGCGACACUGCACCACGGCGGCCCUCCCUCCCCCGGGCGGGGAGGGCAGAGACGGCGCCCGGGGAGGCUUCGCCGGCCGGGGGGCCGCUCCCUCGCCUGGCGCCUCCCGUGAGCGGCGCGGAGCGACCCUGCGCUGGGGGAAGAUCCGCGGCCGCCUGCCGCCCCCCGCCGCCCCCCUUGCCUUCCCCCGGGCCCCGACGCGGCCUGGCCCCCGGCCCCCCGCGGCGCGCAGGGGCAGUCCGCGAGGGAGGAAAGUUGGCUGCAAACUCUCCCUCCGCUCCGCCGCCCCGAGGUGACGGCGGGCAGCGGCGAGCCGCCCCCUGCCCGCCCCGGGGCGCGGAGCGGCGCGGCCGGAGAAAGUUUGCCGGCGGGAGGCUGUGGCGGAGGCGGGCGGCCGCUGCCGCAGUGUGCGCGCCGAGGCGAGGCGAGGCCGCUGCUGGCGGCGGGGCUCGGCGGCUGCCGGCAGCGAGAGGCAGGCGCUGCUCGCAGACUCGGAGGGGGUGUUGCGUGGUGUCAGCGCUUUCUCCUUCAGUGCGAUGUGAGACUCCGGGAGAGCGUCGCUUGCCAGAGGCUCUAGUUGUUACAUGCAUCCAAUAAUCUUCUUCUCCAAAAUGGAUUUUACUCAAAGCAAUUUGUUCGGAUACAUAGAAGACCUGCAGGAACUAACUAUUAUAGAAAGGCCAGUGCGCAGGAGCUUGAAGACACCAGAAGAAAUAGAAAGAUUGACAGUUGAUGAAGAACUCAAUGAUAUUGAAAGGGCUGUUUAUCUACUCAGCAGCAGAUCUCUUUGCUCCUUUCCUGAUUAAAGAUCGUGUUUCCAGCAAUGUGUCGUUACUGGAUCAUUGCCUGGUUAAAGGCUCUGGCCAGGAUAUCCAAGGAACAAGUGUGGUGGCAAAUCUUCCAGUCCUGAUGCGACAGAAUCCUGCAGAAACACUUCGUCGGGUUUUGCCAAAAAUCAGAGAAGUGCUGCAUGUUGCAGGAGUGGAAAUGCAGUUAACAGCUGCUGUUUCAUUUUUGACUAUUCUGCAAGAGGAAUCAGUGUCCAUUCAUACGUACUCCCACUCCUUUCUACACAUCAUUCUACAGAACCUGGAACACAGGGAUGCAGGUGUCAGCAAUGCAUGGCUAGAAACUCUUCUUGCUGUAAUAGAAGUUUUACCCAAAGAGACUAUCAGACAUGAGAUCCUGAAUGCACUUGUUUCCAAGGCACAGCUUUCUCAAACACUUCAGUCCCGCUUAGUCAGUUGUAAAAUCAUGGGAAAAUUAGCUAACAAAUUUGAAGCUCAUAUUGUUAAAAGAGAGAUUCUUCCGUUGGUAAAAUCACUGUGCCAGGACGUAGAAUAUGAAGUUAGAACUUGUAUGUGUCGGCAACUGGAACAUAUAGCUCAAGGAAUAGGGACAGAACUAACAAAAACUGUGGUGCUUCCUGAAUUAGUAGAACUGGCAAGAGAUGAAGGCAACAGUGUACGUCUUGCAGCCUUUGAGACAUUAGUCAAUCUGCUUGAAAUGUUUGAUGCAGAUGAUAGGAGUCAAACUGUUCUCCCAUUAGUGAAAUCAUUCUGUGAAAAAUCCUUCAAAGCAGAUGAAUCUAUUCUAGUUUCUUUAUCGUUCCAUUUAGGGAAACUGUGUAAUGGACUAUAUGGCAUUUUUACUCCUGAGCAGCACUUACGAUUUUUAGAAUUUUACAAGAAACUUUGCACGUUGGGUUUACAGCAGGAGAAUGGACACAAUGAUAAUCAACUACAACUUCAAACUCUGGAACAGGAAAAGAAAUACAUUUCAGUGAGGAAGAACUGUGCUUACAAUUUUCCAGCCAUGAUUGUUUUUGUCGAUCCAAAGAACUUCCAUUUGGAACUGUAUUCUACAUUUUUCUGCCUUUGUCAUGACCCUGAAGUUCCAGUCAGAUACACUGUGGCCAUGGGCUUCUAUGAAGUUGCUAAGCUUUUAAAUUCUGGUGUGUAUACAAUACAUAAAGAAUUGGUAACACUGUUACAGGAUGAGUCACUGGAGGUAUUAGAUGCACUGGUAGGUCACCUCCCUGAAAUCCUUGAACUAAUGACUAACGGAGGAGAAAACAGUGGAUCGGAAAGCAAGUUAUUGUCUGUCCCUGACCUGAUACCUGCAUUAACAACAGCAGAACAGAGAGCAGCAACUUCUUUAAAAUGGAGAACUCACGAGAAGUUACUACAAAAAUAUGCAUGUCUCCCUCAUAUCAUAUCAAGUGAUCAGAUUUAUUAUCGUUUUCUUCAUAGAAUGUUAACAAUCAUUUUGACAAACAAUGUCCUGCCAGUCCAAAAAGCAGCUGCUCGAACUCUCUGUGUUUACUUACGUUACAAUCGCAAACAAGAACAGAGGCAUGAGGUCAUUCAGAAACUUAUUGAACAACUGGGCCAAGGAAAAAGUUACUGGAACAGACUUCGUUUUUUAGAUACCUGUGAAUUCAUUAUGGAACUGUUUUCCAAAUCAUUCUUCUGUAAAUACUUCUUUCUACCUGUGCUUGAACUUACACAUGAUCCAGUAGCAAAUGUGAGAAUGAAGCUGUGCUGCUUGUUGCCAAAAGUUAAAUCUACUUUGAAGAUUCCCACUGACAAACUUUUUCUUCAGCAGCUGGAAUUGUGUAUAAGGAAACUUUUGUGUCAAGAGAAAGACAAAGAUGUGCUGACUAUUGUAAAAAGAACAGUGUUAGAAUUGGACAGAAUGGAGAUCUCUGUAGAUGGUUUUCAGAAAAGAUUUUAUGAAAAUGAUUUAUUGGACCAAGAAAAAGAGAGACAAGAACUUCUCCUUUUGGAAAUGGAACAGUUAGAAAAAGAGAAGCAGCAAAAUGAAGGAAGAUCCACAAAUAUUAGUGAUAAGAUGUUUGAAAAGAAGCGUAGAGACAGUAAAACGUCAUCAGCAUUGGCAAAAAAUGUACCUCUUUCUUUUCCCGGAAGCUCUUCCGGUACAUCAGCAGGCAAAGAAGGCAAGAAAUCCAAGUUGGUUCGAAGCCAGUCUUUCAGUACUCAAGCACUACAUCCAAAAUACAGCAACAUAGACAAGUGUCCUAAUAGAAGCGCUGCUACAGGAUAUACACCUUCUGUAUCAGGAAUGGGAAAGAGUUCUGUGUUAUCUUUUAGUGAUGAUUCAUUCCGGACUCGUUCCACUGGUAACAAUGGGAAUACCGCCUUCCCUUCCAGUUCCUCCCUCGCAGCUUCAUCUCGUAAUUCAGCUAACUCAGCUGACCAAAAGAACAAUGGAAAUAAAGACAGUCAGUCACGAAAGAUGAGCAUGGACAGAAAGAAGACCCAGACGGAACGAUCUGUACCUUUGGCUUCAGGCAGGAGAGUGGAAUGUAGGAGACCCAGCUUCAAGUCUCUGUGUAAUAUUCCCAAAUGAAUACUUUAACAGGAGACUAUUUGAAAGUUGAUAUAUGAUUAAACACAGUGAUCCAGAUGCUCUCUCUAGUUCAGAAAAUCCCUAAACUACGUAGUGUCAGAAGCCAAGAAGAUACACCAGGGGAAGAAAAACAUUUUUGGAGAAAGAGCAGCAGGCUUAGAGUGACCUAUAUUUAGCUUUGAAAAUAAGAGUUUUAAUGUUCCAUGUUCCUACGGGAACACACAUCUCCCAAACUUGUAUAUUGCCUAUUGCACUGUAGAUUAAAUUUCUCUUUUGUAACCUGGCCCGUACUUAAUUGUUUUUAUUAAAAAAAAAAAAACUGGAGCAGCUCUACAAGGAGAUAUCAAGAGAUACUGAUUUUAGGAAUGGUCAGUGGCAAAUACAUUCAUCUUCAUAUUCUUUUUGACUAUAACUAUGGUUUGAUGUACCUCUUUCUGUCUUCCUUUUGAUCAGAAGUUCUGUCCUCAUUCUGAAAAAGUUGAAAAGCAAAAGCUUUCCUGAAAUCCAUAUGUCCUCACCCCCGCAAAAAAAAAGAAAAAAAGGAAAAAAACAGCUUCAGUACAACUUCAGUGAGUGAAAGAAAAACCCAAUAUCAAAAUAUAUAAGCAGUUGACAGAAACAACCCUUACUGAGAGAAGAAUUCGAAAAUUAUAUGAUAAAUGUGACCUGCAAAGCACAUUGAAAAAUCAAGAGGUGGUACUGAAUAGAUGCUCAUGAAUGAGUGUCACCUUUUCUAUGCACUCAGUAAGGCAGGAAAUUUGUGAAAAAACUGAGCAUGUAUUUAGACUAUAUCAUGUAAACUUCGGUGUGUGCUGAUAUAACAUUGCACUGGCUAUCUAAAUUCUGGGAAGUCCUACCUUUUAAUUUUUUGGCUUUGCAAUAUAAAUAAGAUAACUUCUAAUAUGGUUUUCCAUUUUUUUCCAUAAAACUUCUCUGGUACAUAUGCACAUUUGUUCACCUUUGACAGUGUAAUGCAGCUUAUAGGGAUGAACAUUUUUUGUUUUAUUUUUCAUAUAUUCAUGCUGUUCCAGGAACUUUAGAAAAACCAAGUAAAUUUGGUGCAGAACUGAGGUUUUUACUUACCAUAUUUAUGAGUUCAGACAUGUUUGUCCUACAUCAGAGAUGUGGGUGAAGAUUAAAGUAUUCUAUCAUUUUUAAAAUAAUACAUAUGUCAGAAAAAAAAUUCUCAAUAAAGUCUGAUUCAGUGCUCACGAGUAAAUAGGAAAAUGACCAUUAGCUUUGGUGUGAUUUAAUAGGCCUUACAUAAUACUCAGGAAAUAGAAAAUGCAGGAAUUAUGCUGAAGUUGCACCCUUACAACUUAGUGGUGUAAUCACAGAAGAGAUGAGCAUCUGAUUUUAAGCACAUUACGGAAUAUGAAAGAAUCAGGAAGAGCAUUGGUUAAGUAUUUCAGCCCAUAAGAGACCUUACUUAAGUCAAUUUGUAGACAAAACAUGUACUGAUAUGACUUUCUGUGAAAGAGUUGACAGUGUUAGACCAUGGAUCAUCGUGUGCAGAAACUGACAUGAUUCAUAAACACUGAGUUCCAUAAAGUAGUCCAAUCUUGUAUUCUUAUGCUGUUGAGCUUUAUUAUCUUCUUUUAUGUUUUCAUUUUUAAGAGAUUAAGAUAUUUUCUUUUAGGAUAAGAAUUACUAUUUUGCUUGGUUUUACAGUAGUGUAAUAUAACUGAUUCCAGUAUGCACGUGGUAAAAAGCUAGCAUUUUUCUAUACUUUAUACGUUCAUCAAUAAAAAAUCCAGCUUUAUAGACAGCAUUUAAGAAUUUUGCAUCCUGUCUAUAGACAUACAGAUAGUGCCUGAUUUUUAUUUCACUUUCAAUCAAAACAGUGCAAGUUAACCAAGGAUGAGGGGUUCCAUCCUGUAAAAAGUGGAAGUAGUUUUAUUGUGGCAUUGGAAUCAAUUUCUUAACAAUAUAAUUGGUACCAAUAUUUUAUAAGAUGGCCACAGCUGAUCUUUAAUAUAUCCAUGUUGAUAUGUGACCAUGUUGUAACAAUGAUUUGCAUUAGUAUCCUUAAAUAGUGUCGUUCAUCCAGUCAUAUAACUGCUUAGGAAGUUGAGCACGAGAUGAGAUAGUUCUGCCACAGAUCUGCUACACUUUGGCUUGGUUACUUAGGGUUCUUAUCAUGUUUUCCUCCUGCCUUAAAUAAGCUGGUAAGAGUUCUGAAGUCCAGUGGGAAUGGAAUGUGAUUUGGGUGCCAUUUCCAAGGUGAAGCUAACAGAUAUCUUGUUGCCGGUAUAUUAUCGCAAUAGGUUCCAUCAGCAAUUUUUAAGGAUUGAAACAGAACAGUAUCUUCCUUUGUAAAUCACAUUCUAAAAUAUUGAUGGAAACCAAUAUUUCCAGAGAGUUCUGAAAGUAAGCGCUGUUCUUCCAAAGAUCUCUGACAAACAUUGGUUAGUUGACAUAGCCACAAAAACAGCAUUUCUAAAGAUUAAAAGAUUGGGGCUAUGAUAAGUGCAGAAAUUGCCCAGAUCACAUCGUAGUCAGUAGAAGAGCUUGAAAUAACACUAUAAGGACAUCUAAACUUCUCUCUCUUCUCCUUCUCCACUUUCCCAGGAUUUUGUCAUUUUUUACCAUGGGUCAGUCUAGAUACUUGUGGCAUUAUUUCUACCUAUGACUAGAUUACUUCUAGUACCUUAGCUCUCCCACUUAGGAGAAUCUCUACAUUACCUUAAAGUCCACCUUCUGUAGCAAACUUACUGGAGAAAUGCACCUUUCUGUGAAGAAUGCCCUCAAGA